AUGUUUCUGGCAUCCUCAGCCCUCUGUCUGGUCAGAGGGAGGACGCUGUGUUCUCCUCCACCCUCAACCCCUCACCCCCUCGUCUCCAACCUCACCCCCUCGUCUGCACCCCUCCACCUUAACCCCCUCGUCUCCAACCACACCCCCUUGUCUCAACCCCUCGUCUUCAACCUCACCCCCUCAUCUGCACCCCUCUACCCUCAUCCAAUCAUCUCCACCUUCACCCCAUCGUCUCCACCCUUACCCCCUUGUCUCACCCCCUCGUCUGCACCCUCCACCUCAACCCCCUUGUCUCACCCCCUCGUCUGCAUCCCUCCACCCUCACCCACUCGUCUCCACCCUCACCCCAUCAUCUCCACCCUCACCCCCUUGUCUCACCCUCUCAUUUAUACCCCUCACCCCCUCGUCUGCACCCCUCCACCCUCACCCACUCGUCUCCACUUUCACCCCAUCGUCUCCACCCUCACCCCCUUGUCUCACCCCCUCAUCUCCAACCUCACCCCCUCGUCUGCACCCCUCCACCUUAACCCCUCGUCUCACCCCCUCGUCUGCAUCCCUCCAACCUCACCCCCUCGUCUGCACCCCUCCACCUUAACCCCCUCGUCUCACCCCCUCGUCUGCAUCCCUCCAACCUCACCCACUCGUCUCCACCCUCACCCCAUCGUCUACACCCUCACCCUCUUGUCUCACCCCCUCAUUUACACCCCUCACCCUCUCAUCUAA